AUGGACCCCUCGGAGGCGGAAUUGGGGCUCCCCAGCAACUACAGGUUUGAAAUUGACAAGUGCGUGAAGCGCAUCAAGGAGCGGAAUGCAACACGCGUGGCGCUUCAGUUUCCUGAGGGGCUCCUUAUGUUUGCGGCUCCCAUUGCCGACAUACUGGAGGCGAAAACGGGGGCCGAGAUGGUGAUAUUAGGGGAUGUUACGUAUGGUGCCUGCUGCGUGGACGACUACUCGGCGGUGGCGCUGGGCUGUGACUUCCUGAUUCACUACGGCCACAGCUGCCUCGUUUCAAUCAAGGACUGCCUCAUCAGCAGCAUGAUGUACGUCUUCGUGGAGAUCGAGAUUGACGUUCAACACUUCGUGGAAACCGUGCGGCGUCUCGUUUCUCCCGAGACGCGUUUGGCCUGCAUCGCCACCAUCCAGUUCGUCUCCUCGAUGCGGGCGGGGAUGCAGAUGCUGCGGGACCACUUCCAACACCCCGUGGUCGUCCCGCAGAACCGCCCCCUCUCAAGCGGCGAGAUUCUUGGCUGCACGAGCCCCGUGGUGGACCCGGCGACGGUGGACGUGGUGCUCUACGUGGGGGAUGGGAGGUUCCACCUGGAGUCGUUUCUCAUCGCCCACCCGACGCUCAACGCACUGCAGUACGACCCCUACCAGAAGACGCUGACUAAGGAGAGCUACAACACCGCCGAGAUGCGCACCUUGCGGAAGGAGGCAGUUCAAAGAGGCAUGGCGGCCCACAGCUUCGCCCUUAUCAUGGGAACACUUGGUCGUCAAGGCAACCCACGCAUUGUCGACCGUAUCGUGCAGCUGGCCGCGCGACAAGGCAAGACCGUCAACCUCCUCCUCAUGUCGGAGGUGUUUCCCGAGAAGCUCUCCAGGCUGCAGGACGUCGACUGCUACAUUCAAGUUGCCUGUCCUCGUCUCUCCAUCGACUGGGGAUACGCCUUCGACAAGCCGCUGCUCUCACCCUACGAGGCGGAAGUAGCACUUGCAGGUGUGACAUGGGACGACACGGCGUACCCCAUGGACCACUACUCCAAGACCGGCGGCCGCUGGGCCGUCUACACGGAUAAGUCACUCUAG